AUGGCCCAGACGCAGACGCAGUUACAAACCCAAAGCCAGGGAACCGAAACCCUUCGCCAUCCGCACAGCAUCGGCAUCCAGCUGCAGCACAAGGGCAUGCCCCAUGGCUUGGGGCUGCUGACCACGGUGGCCUCAUUGCCGCCCAAGUACCGCAGCCGGUAUCUGAAUCUGAAGACCAGGUGCGAAAUUCCAUUGGAUUUGUCGGUGAAACUGCCCUCGCCACUGCCCAGUAUCGAUGUGCCGAUGGCCACCACAUUUACCGAGGUGUACAGCGAAAAUGUAACCGAGGAUGUAGUGGAGGAGCAGGAGCAGCAGCAGGAGCAGCACCAGGAGCAAGAGCCGGCAGAACUAACACCAAAAUCCGACCCUACACCGCCGCAGAGUCCAGAGCUGGCCAUUAAGCGUAAAUUGAGCUGCGACAAUGAUGAUGAUGAUAAACAGUCGGCUAAAAUGGCCAAGCUUGAAUCCCCGCCAGCUCCAGUGGAAGCCACGCCUGCGAAACCCAUUAAGCCACUCGAUUCGGCGCCAAGGACCAGCAAGGCCAGUGCAUCCUCCACGAAAUCCUCGAGGAACAAGGCCACACGGAAACUGAAGUUUGAUGAGGAGACAAGUUCACCAGUCUCAGGGACCAUUAUCCGCCCCUUGGAGGACAUCACCGAUGGUUCGAUGCAGUACAGCAACGGUGACAUUGAUCCCAAAUACAACAUUGUGGAGAUCACCGAGGAGACCAAGGCCGAAUUGGCUGCCAUCAAGAAUGUGAUUGGUGACUAUGUGUGUCGGCUGUGUAAGAUCAAGUUUGAGGAUGCCUUUGGCUUGGCUCGUCAUCGGUGUGCCUGCAUAGUGCUCCUGGAGUACCGAUGUCCCGAAUGUGGAAAACAGUUCAAUUGUCCUGCUAACCUGGCUUCACAUCGAAGGUGGCAUAAACCCCGGAAGGAGGCAGCCACCUCCUCGAAGAAGGAGAAUCGGAACACCAUCAACCAAGUGGAGCAACAGCAGUCGCCGGCGGAGAAAAAGGGUGCCGAGGAAAUGGCUUUCGAUUGUGGUGAAUGCGGCAAGAAGUUCAAGCGUGCAGCUUACCUGAGAAAACAUCAGCUGACGCAUCAGAAGAAAUCUUUGGGGAAAACGGAGGAAAAGCCACAGGAAAUGGUGCCACCAAGUAACACCACUACCAUCACAGGUAGUUUCCAUUUCAAUCAGGCGGCAUCCACUUCCUCGGCCAGCAGUUCCCACUCCGAUGAAGGUGUCUAUGCUGCCAGGAGCAACUAUGAGUAUGACAACGACUAUCUCUCGGACAGCAGCUCAUCGGCCUCCUCCGUGGGCUAUGGCCGACUCCAGAUCGUGGAGCAUGGCCUCACCGAGGAGGAGAGUAUUGCGGCGGCGGCUUUGACCAAUCUAAGGAACUGUGCCUCCGUCAUCCAGCACACAACCAUGGCGCAUUGA